CGAUGGCAAUAUAAAGUUGGGCUACAGCGGCUUAUCGAUAUGGAAUCGAUGUUUCUUUCAGCUUUUUUCGACAGGACCUGAGCAUUCCUGCCAGGAAUUGUUUAAAUAUUUCGAGUCGAGCCGUUCGACAGUUGGAAAUAAGUUCUCCCGCAGAAGCGCCAAGUUUUCCGAUUUUAGGUGGCUGUGAGAAAAUAGGCCUCGCCGGCUUUCCACUUCAUAGACACUUGACAAACAUUCUCGUCCCUGCAAACACACGUCUCGUAUAUCGGAAAUAAUAUAGCAAAAGUUGCCCAAAUACUGCAUAUAUUUCAUAUUUUGGUUCAUUGGCAGCUUCGUCCCAUUGCCAGAAGGUGCUCGACGAAGUCCCGACUGCCGUUCCCACCUGAGACAGUUGCUGUCAUUGCAAGUGCAGUCGAAGAGGACGCGAAGCAGAGAGGCCAACUGACCACCGAUCCUGGCCAGAAGUUUGCCAUGGAACGCCGCUACCUGAAGAAUCCCUUUGCCGAUUUUGCGGGCGGGGAGAAUACACCGUUCGCCAGCGAUGAGGAGCACAUCAAGAACCUGAUCUGCACCUAUGUGGACGCCAUACUGGAGCACUGUCAUCCAAACAACGAUGAGGAGGACAAUCGUGGUGAUCUGUAUGUGGGCAAUGCCGGCAUUGCCUUCAUGUUCUGGAAGCUCAACAGCUGCGAGCCGACACGUGAUCUCUAUCCGGCACUGGAUCACGCGGCAUCAUUCAUCCGCAAUGCCAAGGUGAAUGCAAAGCGGUACAAGAAGCGCUCCGCCGAGCGCUACUCCUUCCUUUGCGGCAAUGCUGGAAUCUAUGCCGUCUCGGCAGCCAUUUCGCAGGAGCUCAAGGACACCGAGGAGCUGUCCGACGACUUGGCCAACUUCAAGUCGGGCAUUCCGUCCAGCAAGGAGUUCAUGCACACCAAAUACGGCUGCGAUGAGGUGCUGGUGGGCCGUGCUGGCUAUCUAUCCGGCUGCUAUUGGCUAAACGACGUGCUGCCGGAGAAGAAGAUCACCGACGACGACCUGGUAUCCAUUUGCCAGCUAAUCGUGACCAGCGGCCGCGAGUACAGCAAGCAGAACAAUUCGCCGUGUCCGUUGAUGUACCAGUACCAUGGCACGGAGUACCUGGGUGCGGCCCAUGGUCUGUGCGCCAUUCUCCACAUGCUGUUGGACAGCCCGUGGUUCCGCACGAUACCCAUAUCGGCGCCGGCCGCCGAGCUGCGCGACAUCAAGCGCUCGAUUGAUUUCUUCCUGGAGCUGCAGGACAGCGACGGCAACUUUCCAGUGGCACUGGAGGAUCUGCGCUCCGGCAGGGACAAACGUCUGGUGCACUGGUGCCAUGGCGCACCCGGCGCCGUCUAUGUGCUGGCCAAGGCCUAUCUGAUCUUCAAGGAGGAGAAGUACUUGAACUCGCUGCGUCGCUGUGCGGAUAUGGUUUGGAAGAAGGGCUUUCUGCGCAAGGGACCAGGCAUCUGCCACGGCGUGGCCGGCAAUGGCUAUGUGUUCCUGCUGCUGUUCCGCCUGACCAACGAGAUGAGGUACCUGUACAGGGCGCACAAGUUCAUGGAGCUGCUGACCAAUGCCGAGUUUAAGCUGCGCGCCAGGACACCAGAUCGUCCGCAUAGCUUGUACGAGGGCGUGGCCGGCACCGUUUGCUUCCUCGUUGAUCUCCUCGAGCCGGAGCAGGCCUACUUCCCGUUCAUGGACGUAUUUCACUAAACCGGGGAGGGGGACUAGAAAGAUCCAGCCCGACCAAUGCUCAACACAACUUUCAAAUCAGGGAGAGUUAUCAUAAUUUCUAGUCACUUGUUUGCGAAUUUUUCCGUUGUAGUUCUCUCAUUGUUGCCUUUGCGUUAAUCCAGCGGACUGGGACGUUGGAGUGAAAGAUGGAGGAUGGAAAGAUCCCAGGUCCUGAUGGAGCCCGUAUCCGAUCUCUGAGCGCACCGCAUGCAGGAAUGUUCUCAGUCAUUCUCAUAUCAAAAUUCUCUGUGCUUUACGCUAAGCAAUUAACUUAAUACAUUGAUACUUAUACACAGACAUAUUACAUAUACAUUAUAUUUAUAUACAAUUUAUAUUAUAUAUAUAUAAAUACUAUAUAUAUAUAUAUAUAUAUAUAUACAUACUUGCGCUGACAUCUAUAUACAGACAAACAUAAUACUUAAAUGCAUAGUGUGCUUUAUACCUACGAGUAAUCCACGAAGAGCUCUCAAUCUAUUGUCAAUGAGAAUGAAAUAAAUCAUUGUACUAUUUUAUACGGAUAUGUACAAUCCCGUGGCCAGUUUCGAUCCACCCCACGGCAAUCGACUCCAUGGUUAUACGGCUGAAUACCCCAAAA